CCGGGGAUGAGGAGGGUGGGUGGCACCGGAGGGGGCGCCCGCUAGAUUGGCAGCCGUACUUCCUGGGGUGAAGGGGGAGAGACCGUAAAAACCGGGGGAAAACACUUCAAUCCAAAGGGUAGGAUUGAUUUGCAUAGCGUGGAGGGAGCCAAUCGGAACCGGCUGUGAUGCGCGUCUGCCAAUGGCGGUGCGACUGCUUGGCGCGAGCGGAGACACCCGCUGAACCGGGGUGAGAUCAGCAGGAGGAAAGAGCGGCCGAGCCCCGGCUGGGACCAGCGUAGUGACAGGCGCCGAGGAGGACGCCCACUACGACCGAUGGAGGAGAAGCGCAUUUUGUGCGUCGGCCUUGUGUGCCUGGACAUAAUCAGCGUGGUGGACAGUUAUCCGGAGGAGGACUCGGACACUAGGUGUUUGUCGCAGCGCUGGCAGCGCGGAGGGAACGCCUCCAACACCUGCACCGUUCUGGCCCUGCUGGGGGCCCCCUGCGCUUUUAUGGGCUCGCUGGCUCCCGGUCACGCUGCAGACUUCGUCCGUGAUGAUUUCCAACGCUAUGAGGUGGAUCUCACCCAUGUGGCUUUGCAUCUGGCAUGCAGCUUGCCUAUUUCAGUGGUGAUCAGCAACUCAGCCGCAGGCACCCGCACAAUCCUGCACGCUGCUAGCAAUCUGCCAGAUGUGACAGCUGCUGAUUUUGAACAAGUUGACCUGUCUCAAUACAAGUGGAUCCAUUGGGAGGGAAGAAAUGCUUCGGAGCAGGUGAAAAUGCUGCAACGAGUGGAAAAGUAUAACCAAGCCUGCCCACCAUCUGAGCGAGUGACCACCUCUGUGGAGGUGGAAAAGACGAGGCCAGAACUGUACCAGCUAUUUUGCUACGGAGAUGUGGUCUUUGUCAGCAAAGAUGUGGCCAAGACGUUUGGGUUCUACUCAGCUCCUGAGGCUGUGAAGGGGCUCUACGGGCGUUUGAAGCCAGGAGCCACCUUGAUCUGUGCUUGGGCUGAGUACGGAGCUGACGCAAUGGGACCCGAUGGGCUGCUGGUGCAUUCAAAUGCAUUCUCCCCUGAAACUGUGGUGGACACUCUGGGGGCUGGAGACACAUUCAAUGCUGCUGUGAUCCUGGCUCUAAGCAGGGGAAGAACACUUUCUGCAGCAUUAACCUAUGGAUGCCAGGUGGCAGGCCGGAAGUGUGGGGUUCACGGCUAUGAUGGGAUCGUGUGAGCAACAUGAUGAAAGCUGUACCUGCUGGAUUUCACUGGACCAUGGACUAAUACUACAUUUCCCAUGGCAGUGCUCCACUUGCUGGUGGCACUGGCACUGCCUGCAGGUGGGAAGGCAUGUCAGGCUGCCUGCCCUACAUGCCACAUGCAAUCUGGCUGAGCUGGCUCAGAUGCUCCUGACUCUUGCCAGGAGGGAAGGAGGCUUCACUGUAUAAUCAUGAAAAGAUCAAUAAAAUAAUUGAAGCUGCU